AUGAAUCGAGCUAUUCGUGUAAUAAAGGAUUAUGCACGGCCAUACGUUUUCGGAAUGAUUCAUGUACGAACACAUUCUGCCAGGGUUAUUGUUUAUUUCGUCAGCUGGCAAUGGCAAACUCCAAUGAACAAGCUGUCCCUGCCUGAGAUUCUCGAAGUCGUCAAGAAAGAAGCUCUAAUUUACGCGUCCGCUCAAGUGGACGGAAUUAUAGUGGAGAACAUGCACGAUAUACCGUACGUGAAACCUCCGAUUGGCCCAGAAAUCGUAUCAUCCAUGACAUUGGCGUGCCAAGCGGUUUCUGUGGCUCUCAGUCAACAGAGAGAAAGGAUGCUGCUUGGUGUGCAGAUCUUGGCAGCUGGGAACAAGGAGGCUCUCGCUGUGGCCCACUGUGCA